AUGAACGGUCUGGUCCUUCUAUGGCUUGCGAAAGGAGCGAACCUUGCGCUUGCCGAACCAUUUGUGGAAGGAUAUUCGCGAAGCAUUAUUCACUCGCUGUCAACCCUCUCACAAGACGAAGAUUGGUAUAUGGCUUUCGCAAGGCGUCUUCUCCGGAAUUCAGCACAGCCCUUGGAGUUUGGUUCUAGCACAAGCCUUUCUGAGUUCAUGGCUCAGUCUGUGGGCAAUAAUCUGCGAUGGGAGGCUCUAGGCAUCUUUUUCUCGGCUGUGAGUCGAGCAACAUACGAUAUCCCCUUCUUUCCCCAAUUAUAUAUGACACGGGAAGAGCAGUAUGCUCUCCGUCAGCUCUGUACGAUGUUCAGUGACGCCUCGCUGGAAAUCGCUCUAUCUCUCGAUUGUCUGAAUGAUGUACAGCUUAUCUUACAAUACGAGAACUUCAUCAUACACUCGUAUGUCGACGGCGCUCAAAGCUAUCAUCCUUGGCGCAAACUCGGGGAUGUCAUGUCUUCCAUGUUUGCGCUGGGUUACCAUGAGAACAUCGAGACCAAAACAGAGACACCUCCCUUUCUCAUGAAGGUGCGAGAGACGGCUUUUGCGAGGAUCUACUCGGCAGACAAGAAUAUUGCCAUCUUUCUGGGGAGGCCGCCACGCAUGAGCAAGCGUUUCUGCCACUUUCAAAUUCCCUCAAGUUCUCCAGACUCACAGGACAAGACAGAAUGGGACCCGGAUGCAAAGCCUAGUUAUACAGAAGAAACACGCUGGUCUGCUCUGUGCGCUUCCUUGAAGGAGGAAAUUCUCGAGCUGGCUCGAGACAAGCCACAUGCAAGUGCAGAAAAGAUCAGGUAUAUCCUAACAGUUCGGAUAGUCGAAAUGAACCUGGCUAACAGCAGUAGUGCUAUUCAAGAUCGGGCCGAGGCUCAGUGGCGGGCACUGCCUCCGCAUUUCCGACUAGAGGGCAGCAUCAGACAGUACAUUCGAAAGUCACCAUUCGACCAAGAUUUCUUGAUUAGUGUACGGCUCAAUCAGCUCCAUGUUCUCUUUCUGCUUCGCCUGUUACUGUUGACCACUCUUGUCGAUCCCGACUCCUCGGUAGUCACCAUCGCCGGAGAGAUGCUUGCCCUGGUCGUUGAGGUUAUUCUCAAUCGAGACCAACUUACUAACUCUGGCACCGGGCUUGUUUGGAAGAUUGCACACUAUGGUCUACCCGCCGCUGGUAUAGUCCUGCUUGCGAUGCUCAAGCAGCAAAGUACGCCACUACCGCUCGGCAAAUCAAGGACAAGAAUAUUGCAAGAUCUCAGCAUUUUCGUGGCUGAAAUCCAGAUAGGAGCAAUUGUAAGGGAGGCAGACCCGAUCUACGGACUGAUCACCAAGGCUACACAAACGAUUCAACGAUUUCUCGAAUCCUUUUAUUCAGAGCCGCUACAUCCAGCGCCUGAUAUGGCAGCAGAUGAACAACGGGUCGAUGAUUGGGCAAGUGUUCUAGGACAAGAUCUUUGGGAUUUUGAAACCGGAUUCUGGCAGAGCUUGGCAGACCACCCUUCUUUGGUGGCUUUUGAUUCAGGGUUAACAGAGGUUUAG